ACACGAAUAUCAGUUAAUUUUCAGUCAGGGGACGUUAAAAGUUAAAUAAAAUGGCGUCAGCGUUAAAGAAACAGAAGAGCUGAGUAACACGGAGAAAGAAGGAGGAGGAGGCUCGGCUCGGCUCGGUUCGGUUAGUGCUGCUUUUAUUUGUUUAAAUCAAUCUGUUGCCAGUUGAAGCGGAAUCAACGUGAUUUUCGAGGCGUUGCCGUCUGAGGCGGGCCCGCCUAUCCCGGAGGACCAACCGUCACAGAGAUGCCUCCGUCCGCGGACCUGUGACUUGUAGCUGCCGCCCGUUAAAACACAGAAGGAUAAAUACACACGACAAUGGACCGUGUCGGCAGCUGAUCUACACCGACCAUGUAAGCCGUCUGCUCACGGAAGGCAGCUGACUCGUGACUGAAAUCGCCGGAGUAGGACGGUACAGGAGGAGCCCCCCGAACAACGACGACCGACCGACGGAGGCUCGAAGCAGGCUGCGUCCGUGCUCACACUCCGCUCCCAUAGCCCCUGUUGACUGGAGCUGUUUAUCUACCGUGUGACUCCUCCGUAUGUCUGCUCCUACACCCGUCUGAAGGCGGAGAGGAGCCGGAGAGGAGCGGAGGGGAGGCAGCGGCAGGCAGCUCCGGGGUCCCCGACACUCAUGCCCGAGGAGAGGCAUCGCUGAAAUGAGAUGAGGCUCAGAAAUGGAACUGUGGCCACUGCGAUUAUCUUCUUCACGUCGUUCCUCAGCCUGUCCUGGUACACAGCGUGGCAGAAUGGCAAAGAGAAGCUGAUAGCAUACCAGAGGGAGUUCCAUGCCUUGAAAGAGCGCCUUCGUGUGGCAGAGCACCGGACGCUGCAGCGCUCGUCCGAGCUCAACAACAUUCUCGAGCAGUUCAGACGCGCUAUCGCCGAGACCAACAGCAGCAAAGAUGCCCUCACAAACUUCUCAGAUGAGACACAGAAACUACUGAAGGAGCUCGCAAACAGGAAACCUCUCCAGGUGCCAAAUAUCUACCACCACCUGCCUCACCUUCUGAACAAUGAGGGCAGCCUGCACCCCGCCGUGCAGGUUGGUCUCGGCCGCACAGGAGUUACCAUGGUGAUGGGGAUCCCUACAGUGAAGCGGAAGGUGAAGUCGUAUCUGUCGGAGACGCUGCGUUCGCUAAUAGACAAGCUGUCUCCGGAGGAGAAACUCGACUGUGUCAUUAUUGUGUUUGUUGGGGAGACCGACGUGGACUACGUGAACAGCGUGGUCGCCGGCCUGGAGAAAGAGUUUUCUACGGAGCUGAGUUCAGGCCUGCUCGAGGUGAUCUCCCCGCCGGCCGCCUAUUACCCCGAACUCACCAACCUCAAGGAGACUUUCGGAGACUCCAAAGAGAGAGUCAAAUGGAGGACCAAGCAGAAUCUGGACUACUCCUUCCUCAUGAUGUACGCCGUGAGCAAAGGGGUUUAUUACGUGCAGCUGGAGGACGACAUCGUGGCCAAGCCCAACUACUUCGCCACCAUGAAGAACUUCGCCCUGCAGCUCUCGUCGGAGGACUGGAUGAUUCUGGAGUUUUCUCAGCUGGGCUUCAUUGGAAAAAUGUUCCAGGCUCCGGACCUGAACCUCAUCGUGGAGUUCAUCUUCAUGUUCUACAAGGAGAAGCCCAUCGACUGGCUGCUGGACCACAUCCUCUGGGUCAAAGUCUGCAACCCUGAGAAAGACGCUAAACACUGCGAGCGGCAGAAGUCCAGCCUUCGCGUGCGCUUCAGACCGUCCCUGUUCCAACAUGUCGGACUUCAUUCUUCUCUGGCUGGAAAGAUCCAAAAACUCACAGACAAAGACUUCCUGAAGCCGCUGCUCCACAAGAUGCACGUCAACCCCCCAGCUGAGGUCUCCACAUCUAUGAAGGUGUAUCAAGGUCACACACUCGAGAAGACGUACCUGGGAGAGGACUUCUUCUGGGCCAUCACUCCUACUGCAGGAGACUACGUCCUCUUCAAGUUUGACAGACCUGUCAGCAUAGAGAGGUUUCUGUUUCGCAGCGGUAACCAAGAGCACCCAGGGGACAAGAUCGAGAACGCCACGGUGGAAAUACUGCCUGUUUCGGAACCUGGACUGCAGACCAAAGAGAAGUACAGACGAACUGAGGACCGCUUCUACAGGAUCGGUCACUUUGAGAAGGGCGUGGCUGAGGGGGCUGUGGAUCCUUCCUUCAAUCCUGUCCUGGCACUUCGGCUCUCAGUUCUCAAAGACUCUGCUGUGUGGGCCAUCCUCAGUGAGAUUCACAUAAAGAGGAUCGCUGGCUGACUCUCCUGAAGCUGCCACAUGAAUCACGGCCCCGGGGGGGGCCACAGUCUCCUGGACUGCUUACGCAGGGCCUCUGGCACCUAGCAACCAGCAGUGAAGUCAUUAGAGCCCAUAGAGCUGCUCGUCUGAGGAAACGCCACCUCUCGGUCCUGUCCGCUCCAAAUAAUGUUCUUUACUUUGCUUCUCAUUGAUCCCUCCCUCCCUCCCUCUCUCCCUCCCCCUCUCACUGUCGUGCUCUUAAUUCAUUAGUGAGAAUGUGAAUACUACUGUCUCCAGAACAAACAGCGAGGUGUGUGUUCCCCCCUCUGGCUCUCAAGCAGCUUUGAUCAACAAUCACAAAGAUGGUCGUUGGAUGAACGAGGACUCGAACGCUCACCUGUCCACUGGUGCACAUGCUGCCAAACCCUCUAACUCACUCGAUGCUGCCACCUUUUGGGCGUGCCGGGGCUUUGCACUGUCACUAGCGCCUCAGCCAACACAAAAAAAGAUGAUUGAAGAAUGUUGUCGCCAGCUGCUCUCUGUUCUCGACGGAGGUGAGAGUUCUAGAUCAACACCAGCCCAAAACUAAAACCGUGUCCCUCACUGCAGAGUCCAAACGCUCCACCCGUCCUGAAACAAACUCAGGAUGUCACCAGAUCACGUCCGAGUCCCACGACGCGUCCUCUCUGUCAGCUGCUGUCCGACAGGCCGUGUGCGGCCUCAGAGUCCAUUUCUAGUAAUAACCAAUCAGACAUUUCCCGAAGGAAUAUAUUGUUAUAUUGAGAUAUUAUUACAGCUAUGACGAUCUAUGAAGGUGAUUUAAUUUAUUUGAAAUAAAUCUUUAAUUUGUACAAGAGGUAAAAUAUAUUUUUAUUCUAUUCACAGAUGUUUAUGCUAGUUCAGACUGUUUUAUUUGUGUUUUGUUGUUGUGUAGUUUCUUGUCAUGAUUGUUACAGCUACUGGAGGGGUCGCUCCGGCUCGGCUCGGCUCGGCUCGGUUCAGCAGAACACGGGACGGUGGAGCGCAGAGUGUGAAUAGAUCCUGAUCGAUGAGACGUGCCUUAUAUCCAGGUCGACAUAUUUCCAAUCUGUUCCCUCUCCACACUUUGAUUGCUGGAUAUACUAAUAUUUAAACACACACACACACACACACACACUGUCCAGUCAGUCAUUGGAUGUGAAGAACAAUAUCUCUACGUGAAGAAGAGUGUGGUGGUGACUCAUUUCACUGAAUCAACACUUUUGUCCAUGUGUUUUUUUUUGGACAUAAAUAUUUCAGA